AUGACUUCUACCAGAAGUGCGAGCACCAGCAAUAGUAAAGGACAGUCGAAGGGUCCUCAUUCUGGAAGACUUAGUGACAUCUCAAGGGGGAAAAUGUCUACAGACGAAAAGCUGGAUAAUAUUUAUGUUAUCCUAUCAACGCUCAAAGAAGACAUACACUCACAGAUGAUAAUUCUAAGAGAGGAUAUCAAAAAGGAAAACAGAGAACUUGUUGAAAGACUUGAGAGUCGUGUUUUUGAUCUCGAGGAACAGAAUGAUGAUUUGAAACAGACAGUUAGCAAAUUGGAGCAACACUUGGGAGAAUCUGAAGAUAGGCAAUGUGAACAGGACAAUAAACUGAAUGAUCUUGAACAGCAUGGAAGGAAAAACACUAUUCGAAUAGUGGGACUUGAGGAUUCCAACAAGAAUGAAACUGUUGAGGAAUGUGUUGAAAAGAUUGUGAAAUUUGUAUAUGACAAACUGAAUGUCACAAUUGUUGAGGCAGACAUCGACAUAGCCCAUAGACUUGGUGUGUACCAGCGGGGUAAACCUCGAAAUAUCAUCUGUAAGUUUACCCACCGUAGGAGAAAAUUUGAGAUCAUCAAACAGAGGAAACUACUAAAGGGAACACGAUGCUACAUUAUGGAGGACCUUACCAGGAUCAAUCAACAGAGACUUAAAGAGGCUUUUGAGCUCAGGUGUGUUGAGAGAUCCUGGAGCACUGAUGGGAAACUGUUUGUGUUACUGAAAAACGGGAGAAAACGGAGAAUUCUAAAUACAACACGAUCAUGA